AUUUAUAUAUUAUUGGAUGAAGUUGCCUUGUGAAUGAUUUUGUUUAUGGCCUUUACGAUUUGAUGUGGUAUUGGAGGGGCGGGAGGAAGAGAGAAGUGACGGUCCCUAUGCCCGUCAGAGAAAAAAAAUUGUGUGUUACUCGGGGGUAGCGUGUUCACCGUCUGUCCUUCCAAACUGUUUUGGGAUGGAAAGGACCGCUCGAGUCCUGGAGCUGCUGUGUGGGGGGAUGAGACGGCAGUGGUAGGGGCUAAGGGGCAGGGGAGCCCUCACCUCCCGUUGUCCGUCUCCUUUCCUCCUCCACCCUCCACCACUUACUCCCCCGCCGCCGCCGUGACUCACCGUGCACGCGGUGUCCCUGACGUCGCGCAGUUACGCAUUGCAACAUGGCGGCUCCGUUCAGUAGUCGCUGUUGCGGAUCUGAGCGGUUCUCCUUGUGGAUGGGUUUUCAUUGUGACUAGACUAUGACGAAUAUGAAGGAUGUGAAUUUGAUUUGUUGGACUUCGUGGCUUUAUGGACACUGCACGAUACAUGCCUGCAGCAAGUUACACUUAAAAGUCCACAACUACGAUAUCAUUUGGGAUCAUACUUAUCACAGAAAUUUGUCUUCAUGAAGAUUCCUGACCUUGGUGAUGUAAUGAAUAAAUUUGAAGUCCUUGGAAUUGUAGGUGAAGGAGCCUAUGGGGUGGUACUAAAAUGCAGGCACAAGGAAACCAAUGAAAUUGUGGCGAUCAAGAAGUUUAAGGACAGUGAAGAAAAUGAAGAAGUUAAGGAGACAACUUUAAGAGAGCUUAAAAUGCUCCGUACUCUAAAACAAGAAAAUAUUGUUGAACUUAAGGAGGCCUUUCGAAGAAGAGGAAAACUUUAUUUAGUAUUUGAAUAUGUGGAGAAGAAUAUGCUUGAAUUACUUGAAGAGAUGCCAAAUGGUGUUCAACCUGAAAAAGUACGAAACUACAUUUAUCAACUAAUCAAAGCAAUUCACUGGUGCCACAAGAAUGACAUUGUCCAUCGAGACAUAAAACCAGAAAACCUUUUAAUCAGCUACAAUGACAUGUUAAAGUUGUGUGAUUUUGGAUUUGCUCGGAACUUAUCAGAGGGCAGCAGUGCGAAUUACACAGAAUAUGUGGCCACUAGGUGGUAUCGUUCACCCGAGCUGCUGCUUGGAGCUCCGUAUGGAAAGGCUGUUGAUAUGUGGUCUGUGGGUUGCAUUCUUGGAGAGCUAAGUGACGGACAGCCACUUUUUCCAGGAGAAAGUGAAAUAGAUCAGCUUUACACAAUUCAGAGAGUAUUGGGACCACUACCACCUGAGCAGAUGAAGCUCUUUUAUAGUAAUCCUCGCUUUCACGGCCUACGGUUCCCUGCUGUAAACCACCCUCAGACUCUGGACAGAAGAUAUUUGGGCGUUAUUAGUGGAGUUAUGUUAGACCUUAUGAAGAACUUGCUGAAGCUGAAUCCAUCUGAAAGAUACCUCACAGAACAAUGCUUAAAUCACACUGUAUUCCAGACCCAGAGGCUGUUGGACAGAUCUAAUGGCACUUCCCCAACACGGUUAAGUAAAAGAAAACCUCAUCAUGCAGAAAACAGCUUCAGUCGGCUGUUGGCUUAAUCAGUGCCUCCUGCGAAGAAGUGAGGGAAGAUGGCGAAAAGAGAUUGAAGAACAGAAGCUCUGGCAAAUCAAAGGAUCAUCUCGGUGAAGAAGAAUGAACAGUGUCCUUCAUUGUCACGUGUCCUCAGUACAGAAAUACCGUGAAAAGUUUUACAAUGUGGCCUCUUAUGGCACCAUCUUUGGUACAAGUACCUAGGUAUAAAUCUUAGAUACAA